GAAGAGAUGAAAUGUCCCUUUUCAACAUCUCUUCAACUAUAAAUAGGUUUCUACACUUUUUUUCUCUUUCAUUCAAAUUCCAUUCAAAAAUGAAGAUUCUGAAGAGCACCGAUGCUGUUUGUUUUCUCUUCUUGAUACUGAUUUCUUUGUUAUCUGGGUCCAUAUUAGCACAUCAAGUUACAUUUUUUGUGCACAACAAAUGCCCAUUUCCCAUAUGGCCAGCAACAGCUCCAAACACAGGCCACCCUGUAAUAGCUGAUGGUGGAUUCUACCUUCCCUCAGGUAAAUCUCAACAGAUAAUUGCUCCAUGGGAUUGGAACGGUCGAAUUUGGGCUCGAACUGGUUGUAAUUUCAGCUCUAAUCGGCUUCCGGCUUGUCAGACAGGCGAUUGUGAUGGCCGAUUAGCUUGUAAUGGACUAAUAGGCAUACCUCCGGUUACGCUAGUACAAAUCUCUCUCCAAGCAGAUAAAAGUAAGCCGAAUUUCUAUGAUGUGAGCUUAGUCGAUGGGUAUAACAUUCCGAUUUCAAUUACAAGUAGACCAUUAUCGUCGAAAUGUACAAUUGGAGGCUGCUCGAAAAAUUUAAAUAGCUUAUGCCCUCACGAGCUUCAAGUAAUUAACAAUAAUGGAGAAAUUAUAGCGUGUAAAAGCGCUUGCUUGGCUUUUAAUCUCGACUCAUUUUGUUGUAGAAAUGAGUUUGGGAGUCCAGAGAAAUGCAAACCUAAUGUUUACUCAAAUGUAUUUAAGAAGGCUUGCCCUAAUUACUAUAGCUAUGCUUUUGAUUCACCACCCCCAUUGGUUAAUUGUGCAUCUAAAGAGUAUGUUAUUACCUUUUGUCCUUCAUCUUGGGGUGAUGGUGAGCUCAAUUCCAUGUAAAUAGAUUAUAUGCUGAUUAAUAUAGGCUUGUAAUAUGAUCAGCACUGAACUUUGCUUUGUCAAAUAAAACAAAAUUUUUAAUUUGUGUUUAGCA